AUGUGCCAAGGCCGCAUAAUCUCUCACUUCUGCCCCUCCGCCCUCGCCAGCGACCCCCGCUGCCCUGCUUACCGCCUCACCACCCUUAGCGGAGGGUCCGGCGGGCGCAUCCCCGCCUGGUCGUACUAUUUCGACUCGGCGACCUCUCACUGCUGCGGUCGACAUUCUACCUCGGUCGACUGCGGCGACUGUCCCUACAACACGUACGGCCGGCGCAGCGACGUCAAAUCUCUCAAAGUGUCGGUUUAUGUGUGUCAGGGAGAGAGUAUGUGCCCUGUUUGUACGAGACGUUUUGAGAGGGAGAGGAUGGAGGCUGGGGAGGAUGUGGAGGGGUGGGCGGUGAGGGAGAUGUGGAGGGGGAAGGAGAGGAGGGAGAGGGAACGGCUGGAGAGGAUGGAGAGGGAGGAGAGGAUUGAGGAGGGGAGGUUGAUUGGUGAGAUGGAGAGGUUGAGGGUGGAGGAUCGGGUUGGGAGUGUGGAGGAUGUGGAGGUGCUGAGGAGGCAGUUUGAGGGGAUGAGGUUUUAUUGA